CGGGUAUCGACAACACCUUGACUCUGCAACACCACCUCGUCACCAUGGACAAAUGGGCUCCCAUCGCCCCUUCCAAGCCUGCUGCUCUUUCAGGCUCGGGGCACGGCAUGUUCUCGGGGUUUGGCUCGGUCCUCAAACCCCACAAGCCGGGCCCCUCCACGAGCGCAGCUGCUCUCGCGCGUGCGGGGCGACUUGGCCCCCGCGUCGGCCGGUGGCCCGAGGACAUUCUUGUGCGCGUCGCCGGAUUUCUCCCCGUGCACGACGUUCCUGCGUUCGCUCGGGCCAACCGUGCCUUGGCGCGCAUCGCGCGCGACGAGACCAACUGGAAGGCGCGAUGCCUCGUUCUGGGUGUCCAGCCUUCGACUAAUCAGCCAGAUCAACCAGACAAGGCGCCGCCGAUACAUAUGAGCCGACCACAACAAGGCGCUAGCAAACCUCGGGCGAGCAGCACCUCCCGCCCGCGCGCCGUGUCCAACAAUGACGACGACUUUGGAGACUUUGGCGAGGCUGGGGACGGCUUUGAAGACGUCGACUUUGGAGAUUUCAGUUCAGCCACCAAGCCUGCUUCUCAAGAGAAGAACUUGAUGAACUUGGACUCCAUGCCUCUUCCAUCGCACCCCAGCGCCGGGCGCGCAACCGGCUUCUUCGCGAUCGCCCCACCAUCACCGGCUCCGGCGCAGACCUCUGGUCCAGGCCAGUACUAUCAGGCCUAUAAGCGGCGGCAUGUCGAACUUGCGCCGCUGUGCCACCAUCUGCGCACAUCGAGUGCGCCCAGUAGCACACUGUCUCUCCUCUUCCCGCCCAACGCAACCACUGGUCUGCCGCCAAGCCUUGAGGAGCAGAGCAAGGUGCUGCUCGACCUUCUUCACUUCCUCUCCCCGCAAGUGCAACCGCUGCACGAUUGGGGAUUUUUGCGGCAAGCUCUUCUUGCCGCCGCUGACCGCUUCGACUCUUCGUGUCUGGUCGCUUUCGAGAUGGCCGACAGUCGCAAGGACGAGCUGGGGAUGCGCACCGCUGCCAACGCAAGUUGGAAGGUGUGGGAAGCUGGGGACGGCCGCCGUGAAGAGUGGGAGUGUGGUCGCGUGUGGAUUGAGAAGCGCGAGGUCUUCUACGAGGCGGGAAAAUGGGAUGCCGCGGAAAACAUCAUCAAGGUUCCGGACGUCACUGGCACAACAAUUGUUCGCCAGCUAGACUUCACGCCGAUGGACGCGUUCAUGUCGCAUGUGCUCGAGUCUUUCCGCAUCGACGCUGAGCUUGCCGCGCGUGUGUUCCCGCCAGACGCCAAGGUCGUGUACUCGUUCAGCGACCGCGUUGCCAUGGACGUGUUAGGCGAGUACAUCAACACGCUGCUCGGCCAAACGAGAGUCAUGUCCCCCGAGCUGUCCCUCCGCGCAUCGGCUGCGUCGUUCGUGCAGGCGUGGAAGCUCGUCGACGUCUCCAUGGAGGUACUCGGGGAAAAACAAACGGAGAUCUCGCGUUCGUUGAUCGAGAAGACCAUUUUUUCAAUGUUUGAACCAAACAUGGACGAGUACCUGGAGGACGAGACCGAGUGGAUCAAGACGGCCCUUGACGGAAUAUGCAACGACUGGGACAAACAGCUCGGCACCAGCACGCGCGCGGCGGGCAAGAAGCGACGUCCAUCAAACAACCAGCCGCAGUUCCUCACGUCGCAGAACCCGGAUCAGGUGAAGCGCAAUGUGCUCGCCAGUUUCAAGGAUGUCUUGCUGCUUCCGGUCACCAUCGUUCCACGGACAGUCACAUUUGGUGUCAACGCCAUUGUCACUGGCGGCUCGCAUGCCGUCCAAGGCCUCUCCAUGCUCAACCCACAAAAGUGGGCGGCCUCGACGACGAAUACCUCCAAGGGCAUGCAGGGCAAGAUGAUCAACGGCGAAGUCGUCUUCGAUGGACCAGUUCCCGAGGAUGUGAUCGUUGACGAGAAGCAGGCGGAGACAAUGGAGACAACCAAGGCCGAAAGGGACGAGGUCGAUAUGCUGGCAGCGUCCAAUGGCGACACCAACCUCACAGUUCCCCGAACCGACACGGCGCUAUCAUCACGAGGGCCGACGCCGCAGCAGUCGGGCGCAACCACGCCAAACCCAACGGGGAGGGACGACGAGUUUGAGCGCCUCCAGCUGCUCGUUUCCAUCGACACGGCUCUCGAGCUCAUCCAUGCUGAUCGCGAGUCCCUCAAACGUACAGAGACGUUUGUCAAAUACCCUGGCAAGACGGGUUCCAAAGUGGUUGAAGCAAUUGAGGAGGUGUUCAUCCUCCUCCUCAAGGCUGUCGGCGACAGACACAUUGCACCAGGUUUCAGGAUCGCCACACAACAGAUGCUCACGUAUCAGCCCGCCCAGCACGCGGAAACCACUAGCGUCGCGCCGCUGCUCCAGUUCUUCGAGCUUGUCCAUGUCGGCGACACGAUACAAAGCAUGGUGCAGGUGUACUUUGACAAGGAGAUUGCUCCGUACGUCGACAAGACCGAUUUCCUGAAUGCUGUCAUGCGCGAAAAGAAGCGCUUUGAAAGCGUCCUUGACGACGCUGUUGCGUCCGGCCUCAACGCCGGCAUCGAAGUUCUCAUGAACCAGGUCGAGCACAUCAUCCAAGUCAAGACCGGGCCGCGCGAGUACUACCCCGAACCCGGGGUGCCGCAGGAGCUUGGCCCGACCGUCGGCUGUCGCGAAGCAAUCGCAUGUCUCGAAAUGCACUGCAAUCUGCUGAAGGGCAGCACAAGCAAGGAGGUUCUCGAGGUGUUCUACCAGGAAGUCGGCAUCCGACUGCAGUCCAUUCUCCAGCGACAUCUGAAGCGGCAGAUUAUCUCACUUGAAGGCGGGUUCCAAGUGAUCGCGGACCUCAACACGUACCACGCGUUUGUGGCAUCACUCAAGCAACAGCGUAUCACUGAGGACUUUGCCAACCUCAAGAUGUUGGGGCAUGUCUACAUCGUCUCGGACGCAAAGGACCUGGCCCAAAUCGUCCGCGACGUCACACGAUAUGGCGGCACGUUCAGGCCCGAGGACAUCUACGAGUUCAUUCAGCGGCGCAGCGAUUGGAAGAAGAUCGAGAAGACUGUGGACAAGGCAAUGUACGCACUGUCAGUCAAGGAGGAUUGUGUCAUCAUGUAGUCUCUUCUAUUCUUCUGUAUGCAUGCCAUAUGUGUCACCCAG